CGGACGUGUCAAAAUACGAAUGUUCAGCGUUAAAUGUCCGGUUCUCAAAUUUGAACUUUCAAAUUCGCGGGAAACGUUCAAACAUGUGUUGCUGCCGGCGUUACUGGUGAUUGACAAAAUAUACAGAGAAAUACAAGAUGCUGGAGUACUGGAUGGGGGGAAAUGGCUCGUGGGCAAAUAUCUCUGAUCAUCAGCUCGAAGUCGUCCUGGAGGAUCCUGGAUCGGCGGAACUCUUCACCGACUACCCUCCUUCCUUGCUCUACUUCGCCGCCGGAUGCUGCGUGCUAUUCAUGCUCAUUGGGAUCCCGGGGAAUCUAAUCACCGUCGCUGCUCUAUUCCGAACGAAGAAGCUCCGCAACGCAACGGCAGUCUUCAUAAUGAACUUGUCCGUCUCGGACUUGAUGUUCUGCUGCUUUAAUUUGCCGCUGGCAACGUCGACCUUUUGGCACAGCGCUUGGCUCCAUGGACAGCUUCUUUGCCGUUUGUUUCCGCUGCUGAGGUACAGCUUGGUGGCUGUUAGUAUCUUCACCGUCUUGGCCAUCACCAUCAAUCGAUACGUCAUGAUUGGACAUCCCCGGCUCUAUCCGAGACUCUACAAGCCGAAGUACUUGGCCCUGAUGCUCGUCGCCAUAUGGAUUUCCGGUUUCGGAGCUCUGGUGGCGACGUGGUUCGGCCAAUGGGGCCGUUUUGGCCUGGACCCGGCGAUCGGCUCCUGUUCCAUCCUGCCCGAUGUCCACGGGCGGAGCCCUAAGGAGUUCCUCUUCAUCCUGGCCUUCCUGACCCCUUGUCUCGCGAUAAUAGUCUGCUACGCGAGGAUAUUUUACAUCGUGAGGAAGACGGCGCUCAGGAGCAGGCGCAACAAGCUCGGCAAGGACCAGACGAAAUCGAACCUCGAGGUGAAGUACACCAAGGGUCAGAACCUUGAGGACUCCGCGAUCGGCUCGAGCUGCGUGGCGACGAUGACGACGGACAACGGAAGCUCGCCGACCAGACAGGACAAGCUCAGCUUCAUCGGCACCGUCUCCCCGAGACUCAGCUCGAGCUACCAGAACUUCCGGCAGUCAUCGAAGUUCGAGUACGUCGCUCAGUGCUCGCCAAGGCUGGAUGGAAGCUACCGAAGAUCUUCAGCCAGCUCCGAGCGAGGAUCGAGGAAGGAGAACGGAGCGAAGUUCGCCGUCAAUCUUCGAAACUCUUCGGUAAAUUUGUCCGGUAUGCGAAGCGAGUACAAAAACGAUUCAGGCAAGAGCCAAUCGGUCAACUUCGGCUUUGCCGAAGACGCGAAGAACAGGGAUCGAGAGAACGGCGGUACUCCGGGGAUAACCCUCACCGAUACGAAGAAGAACACCGCCGGGGUCUUUAGCGUGAGCAAUAACAACCUUACCGACCGGGAUAAGGAGUCCAAGUCCAGCCUCGAGGAACAGGACGACGAGAUUCCGUUCAUGGACAGCAAUGUUCAGGGGCGAAACGUUGAACCGGAAACACCGUCGGGGAAGAACCCGAAACCGAGGCUCCUCGAUACCAGGCCGCAGAUCAGAUUCGAGGAGGUUUACGUCGAGGCACACGGUGACAACCAGAGUGUCAUCAACGCCGAAAGCGUCGGCGACGAUCGGCGGCCUCGGCGAUUCGAGGUGAACAGCCUGCAGGUCCCGAGGAGAUUCCAGGGGAUUCAAAAUUCAUCGGAGAGUCUUCUGACUUCUCAGAUGUCGCGUUACGACGAGAUAUCCGAGGACUUUGCCAGUUCGCGGUCGGAUUCGCCGUCGGAGAAACGCCCCGGCAAGAAGUCGAACGUCAUAAGACGAGAGUCUCGAUUUCGAAGCGUCAGAACGCGACAGUUUGAGACGGGAAAGCUCACCACGAAAGACAAGAAGCUGCUUAAGAUGAUAAUGGUGAUAUUCGUCUCCUUCCUGAUAUGCUACUUGCCCAUCACCAUCACCAAGACCUUCAAGGACACGAUCGAUUGGCGGGGUCUCAACAUCGCUGGGUACAUUCUCAUAUAUCUGACGACAUGUAUCAACCCGAUAAUAUACGUUGUCAUGAGUUCCGAGUACAGGAGCGCCUACAAAAACGUUCUUCUAUGUCGGAGCGACUCUGUGUCGGGCAGACCGAAUUCUGUCCCCGUUCAUGAGAAAAAGAAAUCUACCUUAAAAUAGACAACGAAUGUUACUAUUAUCACCACUAUCAUUAUUAGUGUUAUGUACCGUCAGCUCUGAAAGUAUAAUGGCGAAAUGAUAUUUGAUUAUAGCUAUAAAUCGUUUAAUCAUCGUAAAAAAGUUACGCACGAUCCGUUUGUGCGGCAACAUUCAAUUGGGUAACUGUCGGAAAACUUUGCGUAUAAAAUAAUACAAGGCGGCGAAUAAAUAGGUACGGUGUAAAAUACUUGUCCUAAUACUCCAAAGUUUAAGUUUAGCUUCUGUACGUCGAAUGAUUGAUAAAGUUCGGACGAUGUAGCAAAAGAUAAUAUCAUAUAAAGAUCACUCGAGCUGUUGAUGAAUUCGUUAAUUUUGUUCGAUCUCUUGUUAAUUAUAUAGAUACGUAUUUCAAUUUAGUUACUUAAACGUAUGGCAAAAUUUUUCCUUUUCCUUUCAUUAGUAAUAAUAUAAUAUAGUGGAAAUCUAAAAAUUUGUCUACGUUACCGAAUUGCCGUAUACGGAUGUAUAAAAUAGAAGAGUGCAAGUAUCAAAGAGAGUCAAGUUUAAUUGAUGAAAUUCAAAGGUUUCCAUCACAUCGAGUGAUUUUGUAUGGUUUUUUGUUCUCUAAUCUGAAUUCCUCAAUUCAAAUCAAGUAUGAGAUGAGAAUUUAAUUUCGGUACGCCGAAUUCAGAGCCUGGAGUCGAAAUGAUAAUUAAGAUAUUUCAGAGAACAUCGAAACGGUUACAAAAUAAUUGCUGCGGUGUGAACGUGUUGCGUAAUUUACUUAUAAGUAUAAUAAAUCGAUAGACAUUACAAACUGACUUGAUUUAUACAUUAUAAAUUGGUUAUUCAUUUAAUUUUAAUGUUGUUUAAUUACUCGAGCGUUAGUCUGAGGUACGUUACACGUACAUACUUUAUAUAAUAAUAAUAACAAUAAUAACAAUAACAAUUAAAAUUAUUAUUGUUAUUAUUAUACGGACAAAAACGGCACUGAGUUAUAGUGCAGAUUUUAAGAGGAUUUUUGAAAUACCUAUAUAUAAUAUUAUAUAAUCAUUUCAUUAAAGACUGAAUAUUUUUAAGGCUUGUGACGAAUGCAUACUUGAAUUUAACGAACAAACAACAACAUGAAAAACAAAAGAAAAAAAAACAGAAAAAAAAAACAUAAAUGUUCAAAGGAGCCAAGUGUUACUUGUUUUGUUACAGUAUUGUAUAGAUUUACAUAUCUAUAACACACACACAUACAUAUUCACGCACUCACACUUUAUUUUAUAUAUGCAGUAUUUACAAGGUCUCUCUACUCAAAUUAGUGUAAUGAAAAAAUCUCUUCGAUCUGUUAUUAAGUCGU